UAAAAAGAGAAGCUCCGGGUUACAAUUUAUCAAUCAUCCACAGUUCAAUCAGUACUUCAUAUCCAAUAUGUGCGGAACCAUUAAGACUUUGUUUUCCCUUCUUGUGGUGAUCCUGGCAUUUGGUGGGAUCUCCGCCCUGCCAGCCAAGUCAGUAAAACGCCUGCAGAAGCAAGAGGUUGCUCCAUAUCCAUCCGCCGAGGAGCUAAAACCUGAAAUACCCUUCGAAGAAGGAGUGCCAGAUGAGACUUACGGGCCUCCAGAUCAAACCUACGGACCCCCACCCACUGAUGCCGUGGAGCAACUGCCCAGUGACGAAGACCCACAGGACUUUACGCCCGAUCCGGACGCUGAAGAAGUGCAGCCCGUGGAACAGGCUCCGGCCCGCUUAACCAAGCAACUGAAGCGUCGUCCUCAAUCUCAAGGAUUGGUCCUCCUAUCGGCGAGACCAUUGGAGGUCAUUAAUUCCAAUGGUAUUCCCCUUCAAGUAGCAAUUCAACCUCUGUGGUAGAGAAAACUUAAAGAAAACCGGCGUGAUAUUGAUUUUUAUAAACAUUAUAUUAAUUAUUGUCUUUUGUUACUCGAUAAACAAUUAAAGAACAUUUGUUGAUACAUCGAAUUAGAUGUAAAAAUAUA